UUUGGAACUUGACACUAUACAGUUUUCUAUAAUUAAGAUGUCCGCUUGAACUUCCUUUCCAUUACUGGAAUACUCCUAGUGGCAUCGAUCGACGUUGACUCGUAGUUCAACCACAACGUUACGAUGUCAGGAGGUUACGAUCCUUUAACCCUCAAAGAGGAUGAUGUUACAAAAAUGUUAACAGCCAGUACUCAUUUAGGUACUGAAAAUGUUAAUUUUCAAAUGGAGCAAUAUGUUUAUAAAAGGCGUGUUGAUGGUGCUGGAGUAAAUAUAAUCAAUCUGCGUAGAACAUGGGAGAAACUUCUUCUUGCGGCUCGUGCCAUUGUGGCCAUUGAACAUCCCAGUGAAGUUUUCGUUAUUAGUUGUCGUCCCUAUGGUCAGCGUGCGGUUUUGAAAUUUGCUGCCCACACUGGAGCCACUCCUAUUGCCGGACGAUUUACUCCUGGUGCCUUCACAAAUCAGAUUCAGGCUGCGUUCCGCGAGCCGAGGCUGCUCAUAGUUACAGACCCGGCGACUGACCACCAACCCAUCACAGAAGCGAGCUAUGUUAAUAUCCCUGUAAUUGCCUUCUGCAACACCGAUUCGCCACUGCGUUUCGUCGAUAUUGCUAUACCCUGCAACAAUAAGGGACCCCACAGUGUUGGACUUAUGUGGUGGCUUCUUGCUCGUGAAGUACUUCGUCUCAGGGGCUCCAUCCCGCGCGAGAUCAAGUGGGAUGUUGUGGUCGAUCUCUUCUUUUACAGAGAUCCUGAUGAGGCCGAGAAGGAAGAACAAGCGGCUAAGGAAUUGGCGCCGGCAGUGAAAGAGUAUGUGCCGGUGCCGGACGCUACGACCAUCGUCGCUGAGAACUGGACUACGGAGGUCAUCGAUCCCAACGCACCGGCUACCAAGAUCUGGGCCGACGAUGUACCCGCUCCUGAGGCCGAACAAAACGCCGUUCCAGGUGCUACCCCGGCGGCUCCACCUGCAGCUGCUGCGCCCGUUGCCGCCGCACCCAUGACUCCCUUCGCUGGCAACGAAUGGGGCAAGCCUCAAGACGAAUGGACUGCCACGCAGCCCGACGACAUGGUUGCUACUCAAAACUGGGGAGGUUCUAGCAACAAGUGGGGGUAAUUCCAUCAAUCAUUGCCAUGGAUAAAUGCAUUUUAUACAUGAAAAUUGUAAUAAAAUCAGCUCAGAAAAACAUA